ACAUAGGGUGGGAUUAUGGGGGACAGGCUUGGGGGGACACCGUUAUUAACUCUUUGUUUCUCCAUAGACUUGCACAGGGAUGGGUUUGGGGCCACCCCCUGGUUCCGGUGUAUCGUGGCUGAGGUUCCGGAGAAGGAAAGAGCUGAAACAGGUGCCCCCUUUGCUGGAUACGCUCUGUUUGCCAACAGCUACAGCAGCUGGACAGGCCGCACCCUCCAUCUAGAGGAUCUGUAUGUGUCGCCCCACUUCAGAGGGAGGGGCCUUGGGAGGCUUCUGAUGAAGAAAGUAGCACAGGAAGCAUUACGGUCCGGCUGCUCCCAGAUCCACCUGACGGUGCUGAAGUGGAAUGACCCAGCCAUUCAGCUGUACCGCUCGCUGGGGGCGGAGAGUCUGACGGAGGAGCCGGGGUACCAAGUGAUGAGCUUCAAGCUGGAAGCCCUUAGGCGCAUGGGGGAGGAGUCUGCGCACCAGUGAGCCCCACCCCAUACACUGGCUCUAGCAAGGGGCCACAGGAGGAGCCUAAGGAAGGCGGGGCCCUAUAAUAACAAUAUCCUGUUAACCCCUGUGGUGCUUUCUAGUUCCCCAACAGCUGGGGGGGUUAGAGAUUCCCAUCCCAUAUAUUAACACUCUCUGCCCUCCCCUAAACUCCGCCCUACUGUGUAACAAAAAGGUUACUUACUUCCUGGUUUGCAUCUUCCUCUCCUGGUUGGCUUAGGCACUUUCCAAUGUUUUCCAACCCCAAUAUGGCGGCAGAGCCAAACCCUAAGCAUCUCACCUGCUCUGCUGGCUCCACCCCUCCACCCAUGGGGCAAAUAAGCCAACACCCUACAGUUACCCACAAUGCAGUGGCUUGGGGCCCUAAAUACCAGGCACUGCCCAAGUGAUCAUUAAUGUAUAAGUUACUGAGCCCAAACAGGAGGCAUGGAGAUGGCCACCAUAAGAUUAUAUAUAUAUAGAAAUCUGCUCUCUGAGGGUUUGGGCGGACAGACAGGACAGGCCAAUGUUUACCCACAGCUCCCUAUUAAGGGGACAGGAAAGGGUUACUGGGGGCACCCAUCGCUCUGAAUCCUGUGUAACGUUCUGCGGUGCUACUGGCUGUCACAUUGCAGGUUGUUCUAUAUUUACAGUAAAGGUUCAGUGGUUUUGUUUG